UCAUUUGCUAUCAGUACUCAUUUAACAGUAUAAUUCCUGCAGGAUAGCAGAAAUAAGAUCCAAAUUAUUGUUUUGAGGAGAUUUUCCCCCAGCAUAUAUACACGGACCUUAAAGAGCGUAGUCAUUAGCUUACUAAAGGCUACAGAAGGUGAAGAAAGCUCCAUACAAAAAUUAAAAUUUCGUUUAUCAUGCAAUCAAAAGCCACAGGAUCCUCAGGGAAACAAUUUCUGUAACUGAAUAUUUGCUUAUGUUGGCUAUGUAAUGACUGAAUAACAUGAUGAUAUGUUGAUGUGUGAUUCUAUAUUGCCACAUCUGACUAGAGUGACAAAUUUGGGUCAUUAUUUGUGUAUAUUCUUUAUAUUGUAGCACAUAUGUGAGCUUUACAUUAUGAAAUGCAUUACUUUUUUCCUGAACCUCUGGGCUGAGAGAUCAGAAUCAAUAUGGAAAACUAUUCCUUGACAUUUUGUCUCCCACUGUCAGAGACAGAACUUGAUGGAGUAGUUCUGACUUUUGUCAGAACAAGUGAAUGAGCGUUCCUGUGCCACUGAAGGAAAUUGAAGUUUCAAGAGACUAUCAUACAUGUAGGCUAUCACGACUGGUGUUUACUCCAGUUAAAACUUCCAGGCAGUGCUGUUUUACCUCUGAAGAUAUCUCCCACAGUCAGUGAUGAAAUGUCAGGGUAUAGUUUUAUAUAUCAACCAGCAUGUAUCAGCCCAGAAGUUUUAACUGGUAUAUACACUGGCCUUGGAAACUUACAUUGUGUGGAGUUCUUUUGAUGAUUCAGUUUCCUCCACUGUGGCACAUUUUAUUAGACUGUUCCUGCAGUUGCUGUGCAAAAGUGUUAUAUACUUUUGUAUGUUGUGAUUGACCUUAAAUGGACAUUUGAUUUGAAUUUAUUUAAUGUUGAGUGCCUUGGACCCAAGAAUCAUUGAUACCAAGUCAAUAUGCAUUGGUUUUCUUGAUUCCAUACAGCCCUCAUAAUGCAUGCAAAACAGGACGUCCCAAUUUUUUUGUAAUACUGACACAAUACAUUUGAGAGAGAUAGAAUGUUGAAAACAUAUAGUGAUGAAUCCCACUUGCUAACACACAGUUAUUCAGACGGGUGGCAGAGGAGUUCUCAUGUGGGAUUAAGUUGGACUCCUGGUUUAUCUACUAUCGUGCUUCAACUACAGACAAACAACAGGGGAUCUUAUUAUUAGAUUGUGUGCAUCCAUUUGUUCACCUACAGUUGCAUGGAGUCAACCUAUACCACAAACAAGCCUUUUUUUGUGCUAUAUAUGACUCAGUCUAAUCAUUAUGCGUGUAAUGCCGAUGUACUGUAUUCAGAAACAAUAUCAAUUGUCAACCUUUUUAAAUUCAAGCACAGAGUCUCGAAGAAUGUGCUUGCUCAUAAUCGAGGAAACAUUGUCCAUUUCCGGCUAGUGAACUCCUGUUGGCUGGCAAUGUGUUAAAUCGCACAAUAACCAGUGCAGCUACCACACCACAAUAACAUACAUAAAAUGGGCUCACCUACUGGAUGUGUGGAGAGGGAGAGUGGCCUUUCAAUGACAGGAGUGCAGGUUCCCGAGGAUUAUGUGUCAAAGGAAGUAUUUGAUGCAGUCAAUGUGUACAUUAUUCCUAAGCCUCAGCUGCAAAGAAGCAUCCUGACCAUCAAUACAUUUGGAUAUAAAAUAACGGGAUUUCCAGUGAGAAUAGAUGAUGCAAAAUAUGCAAGAAAUGCAUACUACUUUAAUCUCUGUUUUGUGUGUGAUGCAUGGGCUCGCACUGUGCAGUAUGAACCUGUUGUGAAGAAACUUUCUGAAUAUUUGUUGACAAUGGAAGAAGAAGGAUGUUUCCUGUCACAAGUUAGUUCAGAAACUACAAAGCAUCAUCAGCUUUUUAGUAUACUUAAGCAGAUUCUCAACAAUUUAAAUGCAACAGGGAUGUCUACUGUGAGAGAGGGAGAAAUGACGAUGUUCCUCAAGGUUGUCAGAGCUGCUACUGAUCCUCCACCAGUUAUGGAUCAUCAUGUACCAAUUUUUACAACAGAGAAAGGUAUUUUUCAAGAGGAACAGUGGGAUUUGACAACUCAGCAGCUGCUGCCUCAUGUUGAUGGCUUCAAGCAUAUUGCACAAAUAGCUGUUGAUGCAGAUGUUGAGAACAGUCUUGUUAAAGCCUGCAUACAAAACCUCCUAUAUUACAAAGCUGUAAGCCUGCUGCCCAUAUUCUUGUACAGUAAUGUUUAUACACCAACACCAAAGGUGCGCUUGUUGGCAACAGACGCAGCAUUGCAAGAAGAGUGCAUUAAAUGUGUUUCUAUAUCAGGUCAACAAUUACCAUCUGUGCAAGAGAUCUUUGUAAUGUAUUGCAGUAUGACUCAUGGUACAACUUUGCAGGAUCUUUGCUCACGAUAUAACCCACAGGAGCAUAACAUUGAUGAAAGAAAGCUUGUACAGUUUGGACUCCUUCAUAAACUGAUUAGGCGGAUAUGUAAAUAUCCAGUCUACAUAAAAUCAACUAAUCAUUGUCAGCCAGUCACUUCACUGCAGCAUAGUUUCACUGGCCUGUUGUCAUAUGAUGAAGUAUGCUGUACAAGAGGGUACAGUCCGAAAACUUUAGAAGAGAAAGUAGAGUCAGAUCCAUCGGUAGUUGUGAUAUGGAAAUAGUGCUGUGAUUUAAGAGUUCUCAUUUUUUUGCACAUUAAAUGGAGGAAAUAAUAUUUAUAAUGAUCUGUCUGAAGACUAUCGUACAUGUACAUACACUUUUGCACUUCAUACGAAAGAAGUUGCUUAAAAAUCACUACAGUACAAUUUUUAAUGCCAAAAUUAAUUCAGUAUUGUAGUAUUUCCAAAUGAUCUAGAGUUUAUGAAAAUGUUAUGUAAGAUUACACCAUUUUUGUGUUUCGCAAUGAACAAUCUAUGUUUUGUGAUAAGACUGUAUAAAAUAAGAAGACUGCAUAUUGUAUGUCUACGUGAUUGUAAGGCUGACAAGUAGUUAUUUUGUUGUAGAUUCAUUAUAUUAGCAAAACUGUCUCAGUAAUUGUUUAAUACAUAAAAGCACAACGAACUGCUUUAGAAUGAGUCAUCGAAAGAGUCCAAGUAAUUAAGCUGUAAUUUUGUCAUAUUUAUUUUACCAUGAUGAGAUUCUUCUUCAUAAGCACUCAAGGCACUCGAAUUAAUUUCUGUUGUCAUCCUUGUAUGUGUAACUUACGAAAUUCAUCAUGUUGUUUUUUUUUGUGUUUUUGUUUUCUUUUUUUUCUAUGAGAUAUGAUAUUUUGUCAUUUUGUAUACAUAACGAGAAUAGAUCAUUACUUACUAAAUAGAGGAACAUUGUGAGACAACAGUCUGUCUCUGUCUCUGUCUCUCUCUCUCUCUCUCUCUCUCUCUCUCUCUCUCUCUCUCUCUCUCUCUCUCUCUCUCUCUCUCUCCCCCCCUCUCUCUCUCUCUCUCUCUCCCCCCCCCCCUCUCUCUCUCUC